GAUUGAAAUCUGAGUUCUGGCAACCGUGAUCGGCGCUUUCAAAAACGAGAGAGAUGUCUGCUAGGGUAUUUGGUGACUGAAACCGGUGUCAUCUUGCCACAAUUUCUGUGAGGCCAUCAUCCAUUUAUCUUAGCAGGAAGGGGUCUACGGUACCGGUACUCUACGAUUGCAGGAUUGUCAAUAAACAGUCACUGUAGUAUGUUGAACGUUACCACCAUGCCAGACUCUUCAUUGUCACAAAGUCAGGAUGAUGGAACAAGAACUGGAGUCAAUAUACUUCUCGUCAUAAUGUAUGGACUUUUGAUAUUUUUCUUGGUGGCAAUUUUUGUUCAGAGGUUUUUACGGAGAAUCGCUCCAAAAUUUUCUAAAGGAUACACGGAUGUUGGAAAAUUCGCUCCGAAGACAUUAAAGGAAGAUAUUAACGAGCGAUUGAUGCAAACUCUUCAUGUUGUUCAUGAACCGAGAUUGUUAUCAGAUGGUGAUGAGAGAAAUUUGUGUAUGAAUUUGGAGAAUAAGGCAGAUGAUGACGAUGAAAUUCCAUACAAUUAUCUUUAUCGUAUGAAAGCAUUGGAUGAUAUCAAAAUACUAGAGAGAGCUCUUUGUCGCACUGAUGAAAGUUUAAAGCGCCAUCCAUUAAAAAAUUUCAAACAACAUAUGAGAGAUAUUAAAUCACAUAGCAGUGGUGUGAUGAGAACAGUAAGAAGUAGUCAAAUAAAAGCUUUGACGGAUGCAUAUGAGCAUGCACGUUAUAAACCUGAGCCAUUUGGAAAGCAAGAAUAUGAAAAAUUCAGAGGUGUUUUAGAUGAUAUUAUUUCAGGAAUUGAACACAAAGUUAAAAAGAAAAAGACAAAAAAGCUGCAGAAAAAUAUUAAUAAUUCAAGUAUUGAAGGACCUCCAGCACACAAGCAUGAAAGAGAGCAAGUUGAAACCCAUUCAGAAAAUGAACCUCUGAUAGAUAGUAAUCCUAACAAGAAGAAUCAAUAAAUGAACAUGAUUUUAUAUAUUUUGUAAUAAAUAUGCAAAGCACUUUUAUAUCGA